AUGGAAGCAGAUUGGAUGUUUUCUUCGGAUUCCAGUGACGAUGAGCUGGAAAUCAUGGGCCUGAUGAUGCAACAAGCACAGGCGAUGAUGGAUGAGUCCGAAAGUGGAAAAGAUAGACGUGCCAGGCGAGCCAACAUCGACCGGUCUGCGGAGGAAGGAGCUAAGCGUCUGGUUGCUGAUUAUUUUUCGGACAAUGCAACCUACAGCGACACCCAAUUUCGGCGGCGGUUCCGGAUGGCCCGGGCGUUAUUUUUGCGGAUUGUGAAGGACGUUGAAGCGAAAAAUCAAUACUUUGUCCAAAAAGCUGAUGCAACGGGCAAGCAAGGAUUGACCGCGCUGCAGAAAUGCACCGCAGCUAUGCGCCAGUUGGCGUACGGAUGCCCCGCCGAUGCAGUUGAUGAAUAUUUGCGGCUAUCGGAGACAACGGCUCGCAAUUGUUUAUUAGAGUUUUGCCGUACGGUUGUCCGAGUGUAUGAGGCAGAGUAUUUGCGAACCCCGAAUGAAGAAGAUAUGCGCCGUUUGUUGGACGAAGGCUCCCGAAGAGGAGCUCCUCCUAUAAACUUCGAAGUUAACGGAAGAACCUACACCAAAGGCUAUUACUUGGCGGAUGGGAUUUAUCCACCCCUGUCGACGUUGGUCCAGACAAUCCCGUCUCCAUUUGGUCAGAAAAGGAAGUACUUUGCCAAACUUCAAGAAGCAGUUAGAAAAGACGUGGAACGUGCUUUUGGGGUACUAACGAUACGAUUCGCCAUUCUGAAAAAUCCUGCUAGACUUUGGCAUAAAGAGGAUCUAGCAACAAUCAUGCGUUCUUGCAUUAUAUUGCAUAAUAUGACCAUUGAAUAUCAGCGUGAUGAUACGAGCGAGUCUGAAACAGAAUUCUGGAUCAACGAUGGAACAUUGAACAUGGGUGUAGGUGAUGCAAGUUUUACGGCUUUCCUUGAACGCUAUGAACAAGUUCAUAACGUAACGUUGCAUAAUCAGUUACAGGAAGACUUGAUUGAGCAUUUGUGGAAAUUGAAAGGGGAUGAGGAAUAA